GGUGGUGCCCGGCGGUCGCAGGAGCCGGCGCUGGGACGGCGCGCGUUGAGCUGAGGGGCCGCGGGCGGCGGGACCGCAGGGAAUAGAAGUCAGAUCCUGGCAAUGUGUCUGGAAAAAAAAAAAAACCAAAAACAUAAUUUUGUGGAAGGCUGCCUCUUCAUCUGUGUCUGGAAAACAAACUCAUUUGCCAUCAAAUCGUAGGCUAGAUAAUCAAGACUUCAGAGAGCUUCUAGAAUAUGCCUAAAUAGUGGCUUGGUAUAGAGAAGUUUUGAUCAUUUCUCCCCAGUGGGAGCUGGGUAGGUCUUGCUGCACCCUGACUUAUAGGACUGUUGCAUUCAGAUGACUUCUGAGCAUAUGACUUGAGAUUUCUGUCCAAGUCCUGGGCGAUGCAAGAGUUGCAGUGAGGUCUCAUAGCAGAAUUCCCUCCUCUGUGGGGGGAGCUAUCUUCAGCUGAUGGAUCAAGUGUGUGCGGAUCUGUUGCUGGCUUUUCAGCAGGUCUCCGUGCCACUGGUGCCGGUCUCCGGAGCAGAGGGGCCCGGAGCUGCCCGGGCCAUGACGACGGGCAACUGCUGCCACCUCCCCGGCUCCCUGUGCGACUGCCCAGGAAGUGCCCCCCUCUCCAAGUCGGUGGAGGACACUGACAUUGGUCGCCCGCAGUAUGUCACGCAGGUCACCGCCAAGGAUGGACGGCUCCUCUCAACGGUGAUCAAGGUGCUGGGUGCACAGAGUGACGGUCCCAUCUGUCGAAUCUGUCAUGAAGGUGGAAAUGGGGAGGGACUGCUUUCCCCGUGUGACUGCACAGGAACACUGGGCACCGUGCACAAGAGCUGCCUGGAAAAAUGGUUAUCCUCCUCCAACACAAGUUACUGUGAGCUCUGCCACACAGAAUUUGUUGUAGAGAGAAGACCAAGACCUUUGACAGAGUGGCUGAAGGAUCCCGGUCCCCGCAAUGAGAAGAGGACCCUUUUCUGUGACAUGGUAUGUUUCCUGUUCAUUACUCCCCUGGCAGCGAUCUCCGGCUGGCUGUGUCUGCGCGGAGCCCAGGAUCAUUUGCAGUUCAACAGCCGACUGGAGGCCAUUGGACUCAUAGCACUAACUAUAGCACUUUUCACAAUCUACAUCCUUUGGACGCUGGUUUCGUUCCGCUACCACUGCCAGCUGUACUCGGAGUGGCGAAGGACCAACCAGAAGGUCUGCUUGAUGAUCCCAGCCUCACGGAGCCCUCACCCUGUGUCCCACUCCCUCGUCUCUGCCAAGCUCAUGAAGAAGACAGCAGAUGAAACCACCGUCUGAGCCAUCCCUCGGCCGUUGCGCCACGUGGCUGCUGGGGCAAGGGCAGCCCUCUGGGGCUGGCAGAAGCGAAGAGGGUUGGGUGUCCCCGCACAUGCAGGAAACGCGGCAACUGUGGAGGCACUGGAAAGCAAUCAUCCCACCUGAAGGGACUUUGCAGUCAGCACGUACUUUAUGCUAUGGCAAACAGACAGAUAAUUAAUGUCUGUCAUGAAAUGGCCCAAAAGAGCCAGAUGGCAGAAUAUGCCUGUCUGCAGGGACACUUUCCUAUGACUAAAUACCAUACAUGGAAAAUAUCUCCCUGUAUAUAUAUAAAAAUAUUAUUUUUUAAUGGCUCUGCAUAUUGUGUUUCAGUCCUUUUGUGUUGCUGUUCUAAGCUUCAGUAUAGAAGCUGGCAGCCUGAGCUCAUUCAGAGGUUAAAUCUAUGCCUUUUCUCCAAAAGAGCAUAUAAAGAACACUUUUCAUCGACCGUUCUUGAAAGUCCCCUUCUCCUUUGCACUAAAUUGGUUUUGAUAACACUGCAGCAGCCUUUCCCAUUACUCUUUGGUCUGUUUCGUGGUGUUGAUGUCCUUUAUAGACAGUUGUGUGUUUUUAAUAAUUAUUAUAAUCCCAGAAGGAGUAAAAUGAUGUAAUACUGAAUGGA